AUGCAGGUGUCUUGCCAGACCCACAGCUUCUUUACAUCUCCCUUUGCGCUCAGUGUAUUCUCAGAGAACAGGCUGAUUGUGGGCUCGCUCUUCUCGUCUGCCGAUUGCAAUGUGGACGCCACCUGCGACCCAGCCUCGCUGCCACAGCAGCUGUCGGUGGUGCAGCUGACGCACCCCCUGACAAGCAACUUUUGUACCGGUACCCUUAUCAAGGGUCCUGGGGAUAAGAUCUAUAUCCUCUCGGCACGUCACUGCCUCACCAGCUUUGACACCAGCUUUGUGUACCCCUGGAGCUCCUACGGCGUACUCUUCAACUUCAGGCUGCCAUGUGGCGCGUCGCGAGUGGACAACAUCACGGCGACCUUCAGCGAUUUCCUGCAGGGCCUCUCGGUGGUGUUCCAGGAUGUGAACAGCGAUGUGGCGGUGUUCGAGCUGCUGCAGGACAUCCCGCCAGAGUGGAAUGUCAUGCUGGCAGGCUGGGACGCAUCCAAUGUGCUGAACAACUUCACGUGGACAGAUGUCUCCCAGCCCUUUGGGGACUCGCAGAAGAUCUCCACUGGCUUGGUCAUUGGGACUGUCAUGUCCUCCUACUUCAAUCAAGAUGGGUAUGUUGAGGUUUCUGCUGACACCGACUGUGCUUCACCGAGGCUGCAGCAGGCCCCACAGCACACGACCACGGUGGAGAUUGCCUCAAUGGACAAGACCUUGAUCAGCGUCUCGCCCUCAUCUGUGACCUUCACCGCCAGCAACUGGAGCACGCCGCAGUAUGUCAACCUGACUGCCGUGGACAUCAUUCCUUCUUCGGAGUCAGCUAAAUCGUUCGAGCUGAGCCUCACCUGGCCCACAGUGUCUUCUUCCGGAGCGAAAGGGUCGCGGAACAAGACUGUCACGGGCAUCAUACGGAGCGAUGUUUAUGGGACGAGCUUUUACAAUCCGGUGGUGGUAGACAGCCUUCCGUACGCGGCUGAGGGCAGCAUAUCGAGCUUCAACCCCCAGGCACCCUUCAUCACAUUUGCCAAUGGGCCCUUCAUCCCCGGCAUCUACUUCUCCUACACCCCCCCCGUAGCUGAGGCAAGUUGCACAACCAAUACCAGAGCCUACUACAUCGUCGCAUACCCGGCCACCUCGAUCGUCGCGCCCGGCACCUCACACCAUUUCCAGGGGGACUUUGCGGUGGGCAUAGAUGCCCUCUCCGUCGAAAAGGUCAUGGCUGCGUUCGACGCGAGCUCGCUGGUCGCCAGCAUCAACAGCAUCCCCUAUGGCGCAUAUGCAACAUCCGACACCACUGGCCUGGUCUUCUACUUCAACCCCCCGCUGAGCACUCGAGUGGACAUCACCACCUGCUUCAACGCCACCACGGUGGCCACAGUCGUGUCCCUCCUGGAUGGGGAGACCCUGCUGCCCAUCAGCGUGAGCGAGAGCGAGGGCGGGGAACGGUGCGGCACCCUCCUGGACCAGCCGGUCACGCAGGGCCAGGCGUACUUGAUCCUGGUGACCACGCCGCCCACCGCCGUGUCCCUCAGCCGCACCCCUUCCGUGGUGUUCAUGAGCCUGGACAUAUCCGCGGGGGCCCCUGGGGCGGGCAUGGAGUUUGGCGUGGUGGAUCCCGCCGACUCCGUCGGCGUCGGGAAUCUGACCAUCUACCAGGUGGGCGACGGGCCCGCCGUCGAGCAGCUGCUGGGCCGCUCCGUGCCGUGA